UAAGUCUUCUCACAUACGUAGCUAUAACUUUGCCUCCUUCACAUCCUGUCUUUCUUGGGAGCUUGGCAUUACUUCACUGAAUUGUUCAUUUACUGAUGAUCUACAGAGUCACCAUGAGGACCAAAGCCAUCCUUCUUAUGUCAGUGUUUAUACUGAUACUCUUGAUUCCCGUAUCUUUUGCUACCAGCACUCAAAACUAUACUCUAGAGAACAAUACGACAUCUACUCAAACUUUAGGCUAUUCACACUCUCCCUCUGGAGCUACAAACAGCACAACAACAUCCUCCCCAACAUCCAAUUCAGUUACAACCGUUGUUCCAUCAGGUAAAACAAAUACAACUCUAUAUCGCAAAACUUCCUCACCCUCCACAACCGAAAAGGCAGUGAAGAUUUGGCUUAUUGUCAUUCUGUUGGUCAUCAUGGUUUUGAUGGUGCUUGUGGCAUAUCUCCAUCACGUGUGCCAGCAGUCCGACCAUAGCGGCUCUGUGCCCAGGUUCCUAUUAGAUGUGAGGGGGAGGCUGAGAACCUGGAUCAGGAACCUGGAGGACCACCUGGGUGUUCAGCUUUGGCCAGGGGACAAGAGACCAGCAGAGGAUGCCAUGGAGGAGGAUGCCAUUGAGGACACAGAAGGAGGACAGGCAGAUGAGGGAGAGGUGUGGAGGGGUGGAGAAGGAGCUAAUAAUGAACUAAGCAACGAGGAAAAAGGAGAACACAAGGAGGAAGACAGCGACACUUCGGAUGACUGCUCAAGUUUGGAGGGGGAUGAUCUGAGGGAGAGGGCACUAAACAGACAGAAUGAAGAGGAGGGGAACCAGAGCAAGGACAAGGAUGAGGAUGAAACGAGUACCUCAAGUGAUGAAGGUCAAAGUCAUUCAGAAGGAAUGAGUGGUGGAAAUAAAGAUGAAGAUUCUGAAGAGACUGCACUUGUAAUCUCCCCUCAGCAGGAUUUAUGUGAUGUGACUGUUUUAUAGUGAAACGAUGCAUGAGUGAAGGAGAAGAUUUUGACUGUUUUUAAUGUUACAGAGUUUAGAUAGUUACUUUAUCGACACCAAAUCAAUAAAUAAAUCAAUACAUUUGCCUUUUUCAUAGUUGUCUCUGUGCUCUACCACUGAAACUCCGAUGUAAAAAAAAACAAACACUGUCAGUGUGUGAUGAUCUUCAAAU